UCAUCAUGGCUGCUUCUAGCCCCAUUGCUCACCCCUCCUGUUCCUGUGAUCACAGCCCCUCCUUGUUCCCUUUGUCCAGAAGGAGCACACAGGUUCCAGUGGAUCAGGAAUCUGGUUCCAGAAUUUGGGAUCUCCAGCUCUCACGUCAAGGUUCUUUCAUCUCCGGCUGAAUUCUAUGACCUCUUGAAGGUGCAGAUAAAAACAGCCAAACAGCGAGUGGUGAUGGCCUCACUAUACCUGGGAACAGGGCUCCUCGAACAGGAGCUGGUGGAUUGCUUAGAAGAAACACUGGAGAAAUCACUGCAAGCAAAAGGAUCUUCUAACCUCAGAGUUUCCAUUCUUCUUGACUUCACCAGGGGAUCUCGUGGCAGGAAGAAUUCUCGAACAAUGCUAAUUCCACUGCUGCAGCGAUUCCCCAAGCAAGUCCGUGUAUCCCUCUUCCACACUCCAAACCUGCGUGGACUACUCAGGCUUCUGAUUCCAGAGCGUUUUAAUGAGACCAUUGGGCUGCAGCACAUCAAGGUCUAUCUGUUUGAUGAUAAUGUGAUCCUGAGUGGUGCAAACCUGAGUGAUUUGUACUUCACCAAUCGUCAGGACCGCUAUGUUCUCCUGCAGGACUCUCCUGAGAUUGCAGACUUCUUCACAGAGCUAGUGGAUGCGAUCGGAGAUGUGUCUCUGCAAUUACAGCAAGAUGAUACAGUCCAGAUGAUGGAGGGGAUGGUGCAUCCCUACCAAGGAGACAAGAUGGCUUACUGUGAGAUAGCAAAUCAGAGAGUCAUGGAAGUGAUCAACUCUGCCAGGACACGUCAGGAACUCCUGCAUGCAAAGACUUUCCACAGCAGCCAGGAAGGCAACCCCAUGUUAUCCCAGCAAGACUCUCAAGCAUCUGGGGAUCUGAAACCAGAACCUGACACCUGGAUUUAUCCCUUAAUCCAAAUGAAACCCUUUGGGAUUCAAAUAGAUGAGAUGGUCACAGAGACACUGCUGACGGAGGCUGAGCGGGGUGCCAGGAUAUAUCUUACCACUGGCUACUUCAACCUGACGCAAGCUUAUAUGGACCUCAUUCUGGGCACUAGGGCUGAGUAUCGAAUUCUUCUGGCCUCACCAGAGGUGAAUGGUUUUUUUGGUGCCAAAGGGGUGGCAGGUGCCAUCCCUGCUGCCUAUGUUUACAUUGAACAUCAAUUUUACAGUGAGGUCUGCUGCCUUCACCAGCAGGAGAGGGUUCAGCUGCAGGAGUACUCCAGGACUGGAUGGACUUUCCAUGCUAAAGGCCUCUGGCUAUACCUGGCAGGAAGCAAUCUUCCCUGCCUAACUCUGAUUGGCUCUCCUAAUUUUGGAUAUCGAUCCGUUCAUCGUGACCUGGAAGCUCAGGUUGCGAUAGUGACAGAAAAUAAAGCUUUGCAGCAGCAACUCCAUCAGGAGCAGGAGCAGCUUUACCUCUGCUCAGGUGUAGUCUCAUCAUCAACAUUUGAGCAGCCAAAUCGUUAUGUGAAGCUGUGGGUGAAGCUGGUAACACCUCUGAUUAAGAAUUUCUUUUGAAAGAAGAAAUGAUGCUGAUUUGGGUUAAAGGUCCAGACAUAAGUGGGACCUCGCAUCCGUGUCUUAUAGACAGGACAUUCAUAGAUGUUCUUGGUGUCCAUGCGGUCCACAGGGAUGGCUCUGAUGAAGAUGACUGGCAUCAUAGGCGUCAACUCCUUCAACCGAGCAUCUGCGAUAACACCAGAAUGGAUAUCCCAUCGAGCGCCUGCAAUAUUAUGAAAUUGUCAGGGUACCAGCUACCCAAUGGCUUUCACGUGGCGGGGGCUGUUUUCAGUAACUACUAAAUGGUGGGAAGGAGUUGUUCCGUAGCAGUACAGUUGAGGGAUGAAGUGUAAAAGCUGGGUAGCCAUAUCUUAGUACUCUUUAGGGCUAACAUGUUAUCAUCUCACUGUGACUCAUGAAUGCAUUUUGCCUUACUAAGUGUGGGAUGUCUAAAUAAAUUCUGCUCCUGCUCUUUCCUCCAGCCCAGAUUUGCAUGGAAGUUGCAUAGCUGAAAGUAGAACUUGGCCACAAUGGGAACUACAGUAAGCUAUCCUAUGUUGUCUCUGCUCUUACUUACUUUAAUUGGACCCUACUGGGGCUCGUAACUCAUUCCCCCUCAUUUUUUUAGCAGCAAUUAUUUUGGGUUUUAAGUUUCCUAAUUCAUCUUACUCACACACCAAAUAAAAGCAUGUCUGUUCACUGUUCCAUGUAGCUUCCAACAACCUAGUCCUCAGGUUCAUAUUUUGCAGUCUGAAUUUCGAAAAAAACAGUUUCUGGUUUGUAAAACUCUGCUUGUAAACUGGAUGGGUGCUGCCCUCAGGUGGCGUGUGUCUGACACUAGUACGGAAUAAAGGCAGCUUCUACCUGAUGGGGAAUCUGAAUGGUGCCUGUAGUGGGAUCUGGGCAGUUAAGUAGUCUUUGUGCUACACAGAGCACAGUAGCAGUUUAAAUGAAGGCACAGCCAAACAUCUGCACAGAGGAAAUAGACCCUGAGCUGCAGGGGAAGUCCGGUGCCGUUGAAAUGUACAGUAUGUUGUCAGAUUCAGAAUUCCCAGUUCAUUUAGGUUGUAGCUGAUGUAGAGUUUAGCAAAGAAGAAACCAGGGGAGAGGGAGAUACCAGAGCAGACAUGUUUUUGCAUGAAAACAAACCAAUUCAGAAAGAAGAGAAAAGCUUAAAUCAGCACUUUGCUAAAGACAAGAAGUAAUGAAUUAGGAGUCUAAUAGUUUGAAAAUGGGUCUCAUUGCUUGGAGCUUUUGCAAAUUCUGUAUAAAUCCCAAUUUUGUAAGUUGGUGGAUAUUAGUGUUUGCUCCAUUUGCAAGAAUUUUAAGGCUGAACUAGACUUUGUCUGUGCC